ACCAACCAAGCAAACCAGCUCCAGCAAGCCAACACCUCAACACUGACGUCAUCAUGGCACCGAUGAAGCUGACAUACUUCGAAUUUGCCGCCCUGGGUGAACCACUGAGACUAGCGCUGGCACAGAGCGGGGUUGAAUGGAUCGACAACAGGGUGCCGAGCGAGCAGUGGCCCACUCUCAAGCCAACUCUGCCGUACCAACAGAUGCCCGUGUUGGAGGUAGAUGGGGCGGUCAUCCCUCAAAGUUUGGCAAUUCUUCGCUACGUCGGGAAGAUCGGGAACUUGUACCCCACCGACCCCAUCCAAGCCGCUUUCGCCGACAGUGCAACUGACGCUGUCAGCGACAUCCAGGGCUACAUGAGAGGCAUCAUUUUCGAGAAGGACGCGGACAAGAAGGCGCAACUGCGCAAAGACCUGGUCGAGACCCUUCUCCCAACGUGGCUGGCCAAUUUGGAGAAGGCGUUGAAGCUGGCUGGCGGCGAGUACUUCGCCGGGGACAAGCUCUCCAUCGGCGACAUCGCGGUUGUCGCACGGCUGAACUGGCUCACGGACGGUACCUUCGAGGGCGUCCCCUCGACCCUCUUGGACGAGUCCCCCCUCGUGUCCUCGCUCGUGCAGAGGGUCAUGGCCGAGCCGAGGAUCGUGGCGUACAUGGAGGAGCGACCCAAGAAGUAGAUGACAGAGAUUGCUCAGUAGUAGUUUGCCUUGCACGCGUGUUGAGCUACUAGCGUGCUACUGUACCGCAGAAAAUUCUGUGCUGUAGGUACGCCGAAAUUGUACU